AUGACUGCUUAUUGUGAACGCUGCAAUCGAAAUUUCGGCAGCGACGACGCUCUGCAGCAGCAUAUUCAAGAUGAGCUUCGAAUGUGGUACGGUUCAGAUAGCUCGUUGACGACAUGGCGUGCGCUCUGUCGUGCUAUCGGUGUCAACCAGCUGCCGCAAACAUGCAAACAAUGCGAAAAGGCUGUACGAAGAUUCCACGUGAACAUUAUCGAUUUGAUCGAGUGGGGGCCCAAACGGGAAACUACUGAAAACCCAGUCCAGACCUUUGGCACACUGGAGGAGUUGCGGACGUAUACUAGGGACACGGGGAAGAUAUUCCGCAGUACUAUUCGUGACGAAGGAAACGUCGUUCUGAGGCACUUGCUCAGGAAGAUAUUCUGA